AGCCUUUACUCUAUUUCUUUCCAUUGCACCACCACAAAUCAUCUGGACUCAGUCAACAUUUAAUUUGACUUUAUUCUUCGUGCAGCUGCUCAUUGGAAAGAGCUAAACAGAAAGUCAUCCACAAUGUCGACUUCAAGGCGGGGAGAUGAAUCAAUAUACAGAAUCCCUCCUUAUUUUUACCUCCAUGUUCUAGACCAGAAUCUCAAUGUUACAAGACUUGAGAUUGGUCCACAGACAUUUGUCAGACAAGACAAUGAAAAAGUGGUAUAUGGACCAGAGCGUAUGAUCACUGUACCCCCAAGGCAUUAUUGUAUCGUAGAAAACCCGGUACUGAGGGACAAAGAAUCUAAAGUUGUCUUUGAUGAAAGUGGACAGGCCAAACUUGUACAUGCUGACCAAGAGAUUAGAUUGGCACAGGAUCCUUUCCCUUUGUAUCCUGGAGAAGUACUGAAACAGGUUGUAACCGCCCUGAAAGUGGUAGCAGCCAACUCAGCUCUUCGUCUCAGAGCUAUUCUUGACUUUGAAGAUGAUGAUGAGGAAAAGAGAACAGCUGGGGAUGAGUGGCUAUUUGAAGGACCAGGAACAUAUAUCCCAAGGAAGGAGGCUGUUAUUGAGGAGACUGUCAGGGCCACAGUCAUUAGACCUAACCAGGCCAUAAGAUUGCGGGCUAGGAAGGAGACUAUUGACAGACAAGGUGUUGCUAGGGUAACUGGUGAGGAAUGGCUGGUAAAGAAGACUGGAGCUUACCUCCCAGGAGCUUAUGAAGAAGUCGUAGAUGUUGUCAACGCUUAUGUUUUAACAGAUAAGAAAGCCCUUCAUAUGAUAUCAUUGAGAACAUUUAAAGAUGACUUUGGUGUAACCAGGAAGAACGGAGAGGAAUGGUUGAUCAAAAUGACCGACACAGAAACACACAUACCUAAUGUGUAUGAAGAGGUUGUCGGAGUCGUGAACAUCACCACACUAACCUCUAGACAAUAUUGUAUCAUCCUUGAUCCUUCCGAUGAACAUGGCAGACUACAGCUUGGUAGAAAGAAAUUAGUAAAGGGUGAAUGUUCUUUCUUUUUACUCCCUGGAGAACGAUUUGAGAGAGGAAUUCAAAAUGUGUAUGUACUUGGUGAAGAUGAAGGUGUUAUCCUGAGAGCCACAGAAUCAUUCAUUGAUAAAGAUGCUAAAAUAGAACGAAAACCAGGAGAUAAAUGGAUGAUUCGGGGACCAGCAGAGUACGUGCCACCUGUGGAGGUAGAGGUUACCAUGAAGAGAACUGCACUGCCACUGGAUGAAAAUGAGGGUAUCUAUGUCAGAUGUAUCAAAACUGGAAAGGUCAGAGCUGUAACUGGAGAAACUUACAUGUUAAAUCAGGACGAGGAAUUAUGGGCCAAGGAACUUCCUCCUGCAGUCGAGACACUGCUGGCAGAGGCAAAAAAUCCACAGGCCUUUGGCGAGAGAGGGCCAAAACCAGGAAGUGAGGCAUCAAAACCACGAGACAAAACACGUGUAAUCACGUUCCGAGUUCCACACAAUGCUGCUGUACAGAUUUACGAUUAUAAAGAAAAGAAAGCUAGAGUGGUUUUUGGUCCCGAAUUGGUUUUAUUGGGUCCUGAUGAACAAUUCACAAAGCUAAGCCUUUCUGGUGGCAAACCAAAGAAAAACAAUGUUAUUAAAUCUCUGUGUUUGUUUCUCGGACCGGACUUCAGUACUGACAUCAUUACUGUAGAAACAUCUGACCAUGCAAGACUGUCUUUACAGCUGUCGUACAACUGGCACUUUGAAAUUGAGAGCAAAGAAGAUAAAGCAGAGGCUGCUAAGAUUUUCAGUGUACCAGAUUUCAUUGGAGAUGCCUGCAAGGCUAUAGCCUCCCGUGUCAGAGGGGCCGUAGCACAAGUACAGUUUGAUGAUUUCCAUAAGAAUUCUGCAAGAAUCAUCAGAUCUUCAGUAUUUGGUUUUGAUGAGAAAGGAAAAGUUCGAGGAACGUUUAGAUUCCCACAGAACAACUUGGUAUUCACCAGUAUUGAUAUCCAAUCGGUGGAGCCUGUAGAUCAGAGAACAAGAGAUGCCUUACAGAAAUCUGUACAGCUGGCCAUUGAAAUCACAACAAACUCACAGGAAGCUACUGCAAGACAUGAAGCAGAGAGAUUAGAACAAGAAGCUAAAGGAAGAUUAGAGAGACAGAAGAUUUCAGAUGAAGCAGAGGCUGAAAAAUCCAGGAAACAAUUGUUAGAAUUACAGGCAAACAGUGCUGCAGUAGAAAGUACUGGUCAGGCUAAAGCAGAGGCACAGUCUCGAGCUGAAGCUUCCAGGAUUGAAGGCGAGGCAGCUGUAGACCAGGCCAAACUGAAAUCACAGGCAAUGAAAAUUGAAUCAGAAUCUGAAUUGGAACGGCUUACACAAGCAAGAGAGGCAGAACUAAAAUAUGUGAGAGAACAAGAUGAAAUGGAACUAAGCAAAUCUAGGGAAAUGUCAGCUAUCGAGACAACCAAAUUCAAGAAUAUGGUGGAUGCAAUUGGAGCAAAUACCUUGGCAACCAUGGCGUCCGCUGGACCAGACCAACAGGUCCGUAUGUUGCAGUCCCUUGGACUGAAAUCAACCUUAAUCACAGAUGGUAGCACACCAAUUAAUCUGUUCAAUACAGCUAAUGGUUUGAUUGGUGGUAUGGUGCCAGCAAAGAGGGGAAGACGGACUGACGACGAUGAAGAUUGCUAUGAAUAAAUAUUGUAAUGUGCUUUUCUUGUUAACAAUUUCUUGUUGUGCAUGCGGAACCUUAAUGUGAAGAGAGUAUUUUUUACGUAAAAUUGACCUGUUGAGAAUGUAAUAUGUUAUUGAUACUCACAUUAUAAACAAUUUGAGUAUAACAUGAUAUAUCUUUGUUAUAUUUAUAUAAAUACUGAUGACGUUGUUUGAUUUAUAAACUCUGAUACGAAGUGUGAUAGAGGCGUGAUGAUUUGUUUAUAUUGUCUAGAUGUGAAGGGAAUAGUGUUAAAGUGAUUAAUAUGUAUGCUUUGUAUAUUUGAUGUGAUUUGUUUUUACUUAGUCUUAAAGUAUCAUGACUAUGGUCACAUUUUACACACUAAUUUAUCAAUAUUUAGUACAUGUGCAAUACAUUUCUUUUGUAUUUUGAUAGUUCAUCACAACAUUGUUUGUUAUUCAUGUUUCAGAGAUCAAUUUCCAUGAGUUAUGUUUGUAUAUUUUAUUUAACAAUUAAAUGUUUAUAGAUAA